CUCUGAAGAGCCAAGAAGGAGAGAGCGAGCCAAGCCAUGGCAGCAAAGAUGAUGGCGGGGAGGGUCCGGCCUGGGGCGAAGGUGUCGUCGCUCUUUGUCUCUCUUCGGCUGCUCCAUUCGACGGCACCAGUAGUGUCUCCCUCGUCCUCGUCCGCGCCGCAAUCUGCCUCGCUCUCCUCGUCGAUCCGCUCGCUCAUGCGCGCCUCGGCCCAGCCCGUGGCCGUCAUCACGACGCUGCUUCCUCCUUCGUCUCCUUCUUCAUCAUCGUCAUCAUCAUCGUCGUUGUCGUCUUCUUCUUCUCCGUCAUCCUCGUCAUCAUCAUCGUCGGCGGGCCAAGAUCGAAAAGCGCAUGGAGCCACGCUAUCGAGCUUCACGACCGUGUCGCUGGACCCCGCGCUCGUCGCAUUCAGCCUGCGGACGCCCAGCCGCCUGGCCGAUGCGCUCGAGUACGACGCGCAACGCAACAGCCAAGGCGAGGCGCACUUUGUCAUCAACAUUCUCAGCACCAGGCAGGAAGAUGCGGCCCAGGGCUUCUCCAAGCCGGGGUUGGAGCCGUGGGACCUGGUGUCGUCGUCGUCGGCCGGCCGCGUGGAGCAGCAUCCCUUUCAGUCAACACCCUUCCAUCCUUCCGGCGUGGCACGCAGAAAAGGGGAAGCACUUGCUGUGCCUGUGCUCUCUCACAGCGUGGGAGCGCUGGCAUGCAGCGUCGUGCAGCGCAUCGACCUUGGCCAGCUGGACCCAUCGAGUGAGGGGCAGGCGGCAGACGCAGACACGACCGGGUCUGACGUCUUUAUCGCCAAGGUCCACGCAAUAGAAGACCUCGAAGAAGGGCAGGAGCAACUGCCGCUCGUGUAUUGGCAACGGAGAUUCACAACUGUAUGAGAAUAGCCAUCAUAAUCAUCAUUCCA